AUGCCCACUGAGUACUUAAAAUUCCCUUACGAGUUCGCAAAAAUUAUUUUUUCUUUGUUUUUCCCAACCUUUCUUCUCUUCCUUCUUUUUCCUUUACUUUUCUAUUUUUAUAACCUGUCCUAUUUCUUAUUCUACGUUCAUUUACUCCAAUUCUUUCAUUUCUUCAUUUUUUAUUUGUCUUUCCCACCUUUUCUUCUGAUGAUUCUUUUUCCUUUACAUCUCUCUUAUUUUCAUAUCCACAUGUCUUCGUCUUUUUCCCUUACUUCUUCUCAACGCUAUACUUCUAAAAUCUCCGGAGAAUCUAUUAAAAAUAUCUUUUAUUCUUCUUAUAUUUAUUCAUUAUCUUUCCCACUUUUUUUUCUCAUGAUUCUUUUUUUUUAUAUCCUUACUCCUAUUUCUUUUUCUUCUUUUACUUCCUUCUUUCAUUCCUUCUUUUCUAAUUCCUCUUCUUACGUUUCGACAUUAUUCUUUAUUUGUCUUUCACACCAUUUCUUCCCAUGCAUCUUUUUAUUUUAUAUCCUUCCUUCAAUUUCUUCUUCUUCUUCUUUUUCUUUUAAUUCUCUUUUAUUUUUAUACCCUUCCGCUUUCUUCUUCUUCUUUUUCUUCUUCUUCUUCUCCUCCUCCUCCUCCUUCUUCUCCUCCUCCCCGAUUUAUUUGUUAAUGAAAAGAGUUCUAUGCAAAAAGAUAUUUCUGUUGAUUCCUCACCUGGGACUUGGCCGCUUUUGCUUUUUUCUUCAUAAUCAUGUAUAA